UCUGUUUUUGUUUACCCCAACAGCGCAGUCAGAGCAAAAAGUGUCAAGUGAAACGACUGAAACGGACAGCCAUGAGCACGCCUCGACGAGGAGUUAUGAUCACGGAUCUGGAUCAGAGCGAACCGGAGCAGGAGCAGGAUCAGGAGAAGGAGAAGGAGAAGGAGCAGGUGAAGCAGACGGCACGCCCAAGCAACGCCUCAGCCACGCAGCCGAAGCGGCAGCGCAAGGUGCUGCAGACGUUGACGGGCAAUUUUAGUCGCAGAUCGCGCAGCGUUGAGGUGGAGCAGCGCCUGGUGGAUGGAGUCACGGCCAGUGGCAAGAAGAAACAGCAGCAGCAGCAGCAGGAGCGCACGCUCAACGGACUGCUGCAAGCCAAGGAACAGCAGCUGGAUCAGCUUCUCCAGCGCCUGGCCACGCUGCACAAAUACAACGAGCAGUUCGCGCGGGAGAACGAGCAGCUGCGCACGCAAAGCGAGCAGUUGGAGCAGCGCCUGGGCCAGGCGGAACAGCGUUUGGCCAAUUGCGAGCGCUGCCAGCAGCUGGAUCAGCAGCAGACCGAGUUGCUGCAGCAGAAUCAGGAGCUGGCCAACGAUGUGGAUAUGCUCAAGACUCUGGUCUUUCGGCUGAAUGUUCAAAUCGAAAGCUAUCAGGAUCAGCGGCGCACGGCGGAGGAGACAACAACAGCAGCAGCAGCAGCAUCGACUGCGUCUAGCUGCCACACGGUGCCCGCCUGGAGCAGCCAGCUGCCGACGCACACGCUGACGCCGCUGCUGCAGGCCUACGACGAGUCGAUGCGGGACAAGGAUGCGCUGCUCGCCCAAUACGCCGCCGACUUUGAGCUGUUCGCCAAUGAGCUGAAGCGUGCACUGGAAGAGAAUACGCGACUGCUGCAAACGCAGGAGCAGCUGCGUCGCGAUGUCGGCGGCUGGACGGAGGAGCGAGUGCGUCUGCAGGCGCAGCUGGGCGUCUGCCGCACCAAGGCCGAAACGCAAACGCGCAAAACGGAUCUGGUCAAGGAGAAGCUGGUGGAGGUCAUGCAUUUCUAUGAGCAGCGCAAUCAGUCACUGCUGCUGGACAUGAAUCAUCUGCAGGAUGCCUAUGCGCGCUGCAAGUCGGAGCUGGUUACGUUAAAGAGCACUGCGAUGCCCACAACGCCGCCAGCUGCUGCUCCUCCUGCUCCUCCUCCUUCUUCUGCUCCGGCAGAGGUCACGCCCAGCGCCGUGGAAGCGGCGGCUGUGCAACAAUGCAAAACGCUGCUGGAGCAGCUGAAGCAGGAGCAUGCCAGGGAGCGCGCCGCGCUGGAGGAGCAGCUCCAGGCAUGCAACACACGCGCCAGCUCACUGCAGCGCAGCUGCGAGAAGGCCAAGCACGCCCGAGAUCGGCUGAAGGCGCGCCUGCGCAUGACUUUGCAGUGGGCGCAAAAACUGGAGGCCGGCCAGGCUGAGCUGCGCGAGACAUACGAUGCAGUGCAGCAGCUCUCGACGCUGCUCAAGCACAAGGAGUCACAGCUGCGCGGCAUGCAUGUGCGCAACACCGAGGAGCUGGACAAGCUGCGGCACAAGCUCCAGCAAAAGGACGAGACCAUACGCAAUCUGCUGCGCAGCAAAAUGGAGCGACGUCCGGCCGUGGAUUAGGAGGAGGAGGAGGGUGGUCCACAACUUGGAUUAACAAUUAAAAAUAUAUAAUUUCAAUACAAAAUAAAAUACAUUAAUAACUUAAAGACUGUUUUGAAAGCUUUUGAAGCACAGCUAUGAACGGCGCCGGCCUGGUUGGUGUUAAUGCGGCUGCUGCUGCAGUUGCUCCAUCAGUCGAGCGCGGUGCGGGCGCUGGCCCCACCAUCGGGCAACGGUGGUUCGCUAUCAUCGCCGCUGCCCGCACAAACGCCGCACGCCUUGGGCACCGUCUGCUCUAUGUACAUGUUUAUCUUUUCGAGCACCUCGGGGCAAACGGCGCGCAUCAGCUGAUCGUAGCGUGGGGCGCCCAGUUGGCUCUGGAGAUGCUGCAGCUGCCAUUUGAGGUAUUCGGUUAGUGGUAUCUUAUAAACGGGAUCCUUCAGCACCAGCUGGCGAUGCCUGUCGUCGUGGUAGGUCUUUGAAUGGAAGUCAUCGUAUAGCUGCGGCUGAAACUCCUCCAGCUCGUGCUCGUCGUGUAUGACCAGCGAGUCGUAAUAGCGCGGCGUCGCCUUGUCUGCGCCCUCAUCUGUUGCCGCAUAUUGCUUGUCCAUCACCUCGCCGAGCGUCUCCUCCACCAGCUGCAGUAUGUGUGGCAGGCGCGCCAGUAGCAGCUCAUUAUUGCCAAAUAUGGAGGCAAAGGCGAGACAAAAGAGUUUCCGUUUCUCGGCAUGCGUAUCGGCGACCAAUGGAAACAUCUCAAUCCACACAUCCAAUAUGCGAGCCAGUGCAUCCGUUUGUGGCAGCUCCUGCACCACA